AUGGGCAUCAUGUUUGAUCAGCAGACAGUCCUAGUGCACAUUUCCCAUACUCUGACAGCAGAACAACAAUUCGGUGCUAAAUGUGCAAAAUGUUGUCGCACCAUCCAUGCAUCUGAUUGGGUAAGGCGUGCACGAGACCAAGUAUACCAUUUGGCUUGUUUUGCAUGCGACGCCUGCAAACGUCAACUAUCCACAGGAGAAGAAUUUGCAUUACACGAAAACAGAGUACUGUGUAAAUUACACUACUUCGAAUCCUUAGACGGCGGAAAUGGAUCUAAUGACGAAAAUGCCGAUCACGACCAGCAACAAAAAGCCAAGACGAAAAGAGUACGAACUACAUUCACCGAGGAGCAACUUCAAGUCCUUCAGGCCAAUUUCAAUUUGGAUUCGAACCCGGACGGACAAGAUUUGGAGAGAAUAGCUCAGAUAACUGGACUUAGCAAACGAGUGACGCAAGUUUGGUUUCAGAAUUCGCGUGCAAGACAGAAGAAAUACCUCAAUAAUCAAGUUAAGAAAGCACACGAAUGCCAUCGUCUCGGAAAGAUGCCAUGGUCAAUGGAAGAAGAAGAAUUACUAGUUGCUGGCGUUCAGAAAUAUGGAACUGGCCACUGGAAGUUUAUUAUAUCAGAUGGAGGACUUUACAAUCGAACACCGCGUGAUCUUUAUGACAAAUGGAAAAAUAUUAAUAAAUAUAAUCAUCUCGAUAUGAUAAAAGCAAGAUUAAAGAAAAGAUAUGUUCAAUAA